AUGCCCUCAUCUCCUCCCGCGCCUUUCCUUGCCCACGGCGGUGACGACGAUGAGGAUAUUGAAGAUGAAGCCGAGAUUCAGGACGACUUGGAUGACAUCGAUGAGAUGGCCGAAGAUGAUGUAGACCUGUUCCGAGAAGGAUUCGAACAAGAUUACAGAGCCAGAGAAGACGAUGGCUACGACGCCGCCGACAUUGAUGACGAAGGCGACUUUGACAAUAUGGAUCUGGGUGCAAGGAGAAGACUCGAAUCUCAGCUCAACCGCAGAGACAGAGAGGUCGCCCGCCGCCAGCGCAUUCCUGCUGCGUUCCUUCCAGGUGAAGAUGAUGAGGGCGACAUUGACCUCUCGGCUCAGCCCCGCCGUCGUCGCCACCACUACGACGAGGACCCGGACGAAGACAUGGAUGCCGACAUUAUGGAAGAGGAGCUUUCUCUCGAGGCCCUGCAGGAUGUCAAAGCUGCCAGCUUGGCCGAGUGGGUUUCUCAACCCUCUGUUCAGCGGACAAUCAAGAGAGAGUUCAAGGCCUUUUUGACUGAAUACACUGAUGAGCAUGGCGCCUCCGUCUACGGAAACCGCAUUCGCACACUCGGUGAGAUCAACUCCGAGUCUCUCGAAGUUUCCUACGACCAUCUUUCUUCCAUGCAAGCUAUUCUCGCCUACUACCUAGCCAACGCACCGUCCGAGGUUCUCAAGCUUUUCGACGAAGUGGCCAUGGACGUCGUGCUCCUGCACUACCCCGACUACGAACGUAUUCACUCCGAAAUCCACGUCCGCAUUUUCGACCUGCCGGUUCACUACACCCUGAGACAGCUUCGUCAAUCGCAUCUGAACUGCUUGGUCAGAGUCAGCGGUGUCGUCACCAAGAGAACCGGUGUAUUCCCUCAGCUGAAGUACGUCAAGUUCGACUGCACCAAGUGUGGUGUCACUCUCGGACCAUUCCAACAGGAGUCCAACGUCGAGGUCAAGAUCACCUACUGUCAAAAUUGCCAGUCCCGUGGGCCCUUCACACUCAACUCAGAGAAAACCGUCUACCGCAACUACCAGAAGCUCACCCUCCAGGAGUCUCCUGGCACUGUUCCGGCGGGUCGUCUGCCACGACACAGGGAAGUCAUUCUUCUGUGGGACUUGAUCGACAAGGCCAAGCCUGGUGAAGAGAUUGAGGUCACUGGUACAUACAGAAACAACUACGAUGCUCAGCUGAACAACCGAAACGGAUUUCCCGUCUUCGCUACGAUUUUGGAAGCGAACAAUGUCGUCAAGGCACACGACCAACUGGCUGGUUUCCGCAUGACGGAAGAAGACGAGCAGGAGAUCCGCAAACUCUCUCGCGACCCCGCCAUCAUUGACAAAAUCAUCAACUCUAUUGCUCCCAGUAUCUACGGCCACACGGAUAUCAAGACGGCAGUGGCUUUGUCCCUGUUUGGAGGUGUCGCUAAAGUAGGAAAGGGUAAUCACCAGGUCCGUGGUGACAUCAACGUCCUGCUACUGGGUGACCCUGGUACAGCCAAAUCCCAGGUGCUCAAGUAUGUCGAGAAGACGGCCCAUCGGGCGGUGUUCGCAACUGGUCAGGGUGCCAGUGCAGUCGGUUUGACGGCGAGUGUUCGUCGAGACCCUCUCACUGCUGAGUGGACUCUUGAGGGCGGUGCUCUGGUGCUGGCAGACAAGGGCACAUGUCUUAUCGAUGAGUUCGACAAGAUGAACGAUCAAGACCGAACGUCCAUCCACGAAGCUAUGGAACAGCAGACCAUCUCUAUCUCCAAGGCUGGUAUUGUCACGACUCUGCAGGCUCGCUGCGGUAUUAUUGCUGCAGCAAACCCCAUCGGCGGACGUUACAACUCAACCAUCCCCUUCUCGGCAAACGUCGAGCUCACCGAGCCCAUUCUCUCUCGUUUCGACAUUUUGUGUGUGGUGCGCGACACGGUCGAGCCCUCUGAAGACGAGCGCCUCGCGCGAUUUAUCGUUGGCUCGCACAGCCGGAGUCACCCUUCAUCGCAGAAGCCCGAUUCGCAAGGCGCCGAGGAUUCGAUGGAUGUCGAAAACGAAUCCGAGAGGCAAGACACGCAAGCGGCAUCACAGAAGAAGGAGGGUGAGAUUCCUCAAGAGCUCCUCCGCAAGUACAUCCUCUACGCACGUGAGCACGUUAGCCCGAAACUGUACCACAUGGAUGAGGACAAGAUUGCGCGCCUUUUCAGCGAUAUGAGAAGGGAGUCUCUUGCCACCGGCGCGUAUCCCAUUACGGUGAGACAUCUUGAAGCCAUCAUCCGUAUCAGCGAAGCCUUCUGCAGGAUGAGGCUCUCUGAGUACUGCUCGGCCCAAGACAUCGACAGAGCGAUCGCAGUGACGGUGGACAGCUUCGUUGGUAGCCAAAAGAUCAGCUGCAAGAAGGCAUUGGCGCGGGCUUUCGCCAAAUACACUCUGGCCAGACCUGGGGGCAACUCGCAGAGGAGGACGGCCACUCAAGGAUCGAGACAAACAGCCUCGGCAAGAGCAUGA